AUGGCAAUGUCAGAUGCCGGAAAAGAAAUGUUGGCAAGUUCAGAUGCCUGGUUUGAGCUUGUAGCCAUUUCCCCACUUGUUACUAAUAGGCCGAAGUAUCGAAACUUCACUCUACCUCAUGACCAAGUCGGGGUUCGAACCCGGGACAUGCCGUGGAAAAGAAAAGAAAUGUUGGCAAGCUCAGAUGCCGUGAAAAGAAAAGAAAGGUUGGCAAGUUCAGAUGCCGUAUAG